UACGAGGGAGUCUUCACCAGAGAUGUAAUCAACAGUUAAGAUUAGCCGCGCGCUGGCGCAGCCGGCCAGGCGGCCAGCCGGGCCUCUGCUCUCCGCGCGCCCCUCCAGGUGGAAGGAAGGCAGCUCCGCGGGCCGGCGCGCGGCUAAGGAGGGCGGCGCGGGCCCCACUAUUGUUUAACCGGGACUCAGCAAAGCCUCCCACCAGUUCGAACCCUACAGCGGGCUGCAAUUCCAGAAGCAGCGCGGCUACCAGCGCGUCUGCAUCUGGAGGCCAGAAUGCCCUCAGUGUGUGGGUCUGGGCCUUCCCCAGAGCCCGCCGCCCCAGGGCUCGGUGGGCCAAGAGGGCUUGCCACUCUCGGCCGCCGUGUUCCCGGGGAACAACCCCCUCCUCGCCCAGCAAGUUCCAGCUCGGCGCACGGGCCCUCCCUUUUCUCCCCCACCCGCUCCCGCGGGCCGCCCUCCCUCAAGCCUCCCCCUGCCCCUCGCGGCUCAACCCGGGACUGCCAGACAGCCCAGCGCGGUCGGACGAGCAGCUUUCCCGACUCGGCUCCGGGGCCCCUCCUGCUGCGCUCGCUCCGCCCGGCGACCUUCGGGCCUAGCUGCAAGCCUGCCUCCCAGAAACGGAAUCUGCCCGCUCUGACAGCUCGGUUGAAGGUGAUUGAUGAGUAUCUAGAGACCACAGCGCGCAUCAUAUAAUAUCUGCUGCGUAAUUGCUUUAAUUUACAGAUGAAAGUGCGAGUUCUCCGAUCCUGUUGGAUCGCAGCCGGCCACGUCCGAGCUGCUCGCAAAGAAAAUCAUCGGAAAUAAUGAAUAGACGCUCCAUGCAAAUUAUUCAGACAGCUUAGCGUCUGUAGCCGGGAGAGAUAUAUAAAGAACACGAGUCAAAUGACAU